AUGGAAUCGACGACGACGAUCGGGACCACAUUCAGAAUAGCCAAACCGGGCAACGACGACGACAUCCACCAGGCACACACGGACACGGACACCGAGACCGAGACCGAGACCGAGACCGAGACCGACCUCGCCUUUAUCCUCUCGGCCUUCGACUCGGCGCUCCCCUACCUCUCCUCGAUCGGUUCCGCGCAGCAGUGGGGCGACAUCCCCUUUUCCUCUCGCCCCAAGACGAGGACCGAGUUUGCGCAGUUCAUCCGCUCCUCGUAUCGCCUCUCGCUCCUCCCCCGCGACGGCGACGGCGACGGCGACGGGCAAGGCGAGGAAGGGGGGAGGUGGUGUCGUAUGAUCCUCGCUCUGCGUGGAGAAACACGCGUAGCGGCAUGCGGGCUAUCUACAUGGCUGCCCGACUACCUGCCCCCCUCUCUAGUCGAUCAGAUCCGACAGCGACUGCACGACGACGACGGGUCCGCGCCUCGGUUCCUCUACCUCAACUACCUCAUCACCCAUCGAUUCCGUCCCUCGCGCGGCGCAGGCGCCCAACUAAUCCACCACGCCCUCGACCUCGCACGGCACAGGCGCAUACCCUGGAUCCUCGUAGACUGCUGGUGCGGCAACGCAGGCGGCCUCGUAAGAUUCUACCAGCAACACGGCUUCCACCCCAUCGGCGACGCCUUUGUCGCCCCCGGAAAGCACAAGGACGGCCUCGAGUGGAGAGGAAGCGUCCUCGGUCGGCGCAUCGACUAG